GAGGAGCCGGAGCGCAACAACAGUCUGCGCGACUCCUCGACCGCAGCGCACCUCUGUCCCGCUACUUGGCUUCUUUCUCAUCACUUCUCUCAAAGAGGAUAAAUAAAAGGGAUAUUCUCAGUGCAAAUCCAAAACCCCGAUUUGGGUGUUCCUAGUUGGGCGUAUCCUCUCUGUCGGUAUGGCUUUAUAACUUUCAGAAGAGGAGGAGGGGAGCGGAACUUUCAGGGGACCUUUUCUUGUGCCGGAGUAGUCACGGGGGCAGCGCGCUGGUUUUUACCUCAGAAGGUCACAUCUGCCACCGGCUCCCCUUCCGUGUUACCUGGGGGCGGAUGGUAUGGUAUAACUUUCCAGCUCCAACCGAAGGUGAGCGGCCGGCGCGAGAGAGUAGCCGUUUCACGGUAGCGGAGAGGGGAUGCGAGCCUCUCCUCCGUCUCGGAUAGAGGAGCGGCUAUGAGGAGAGAGGUUCACCUGCUGGGCUAACAGAACAAGACCACACGGCACCAACAGAAUGCGGGAACGGGGUCCUUGCAUUUGUGGAGUAGGUGUGUGGAGUCUACUGCUAUCCCUUUGUCUGGCCUCCCUCACGCACGCACACCGGAGCCACACAGUGCAUGUGAAGGCGGGGACGUGUGAGGUGAUCGCUGCCCAUCGCUGCUGCAACAAGAACAAGAUCGAAGAGAGAUCUCAGACUGUCAAAUGUUCCUGCUUCCCUGGACAGGUCGCUGGCACCACCAGGGCUAUGCCCUCCUGUGUUGACGCCUCCAUUGUAGCCCAGAAGUGGUGGUGUCAGAUGCAGCCAUGUAUGGAUGGGGAGGAGUGCAAGGUCCUCCCAGACCUCACAGGAUGGAGCUGCAGCACGGGCAACAAAGUGAAGACCACAAAGGUGACCCGAUAGUCCUGCCCUUCUCAAGACAAGCAGCUGGGAAUGGUGAUGGAAGUACUUGCACAGCACAAUGGGACCUAUCACGGUUGUGAGGAAAUGCACUCAGACGGACUUCUGUGAGGAACCAAUAAUUGUUUCGUUUUCCCGAGGACAUCCAAGAAAUGGUGGCGGAGGAGGAGACAGGACUCUAACACUGCUUGCCAUCACCUUAAACACAGCCGCGUGUCCUCGGCCCUUUCCCUGAAGAGGACUGCAUCAUCCACAAUCCUUUACCGCUACGACAAACAACAACUUCAACAGAGUGAACUUUGGCCUGGUCAUAGCACUCAAAGUUAAACGACAAAAAACAACUUUACAACAAUCUAUAUUCUUCAUCUCUCUUCUAUGGCUGAGUUGUGUUCCAUAUGCAUCCUGGGAAUAAAAGGGACCUGGGUUUGUCCAGUGUCCUCUAUCACAAAGGUCACCACGAAAAAAAAGGGAGUGGCUCCAGAAUGCUUGCCUCAUGUAGUCUGGAUGACAUGUUUAAAUUUAACAGUGCCACAUAUGACACAGUUAAUGCUGUCAAAAUCUAAAAACCGAAACCUUUUUUCUUUCUGUUUUUUUUUUUUUUUUUUUGUUUCAGAUUCCACCUCCAUAAAAUGAUUUUACCUUCAAUAGUUUGUGGCUUACCACAUGCCAUUUUUUAAAAAUGCAGAGACCGUUUGUCAGUCUUCUUUUUGCUUUUUGACAAAGGACAACAUCCUUUCAGGGGUGAGGUUAGACUAAUACCAAGUAGAUGUUACGGUAUAUUGAAACAUGUAAACGUGUAAAAAAUGGUCCAUGGAAUCAACGGGGCUAAAAAUGAAUUGAUGCUCUAAUGGUUUUAAUAUCUGUGUUUUUAAACGCCUGUUAACCGCUAUUGAGUACAUGUGUCAGUAUUAUAUGAAAUGAAUAAAACCUUUCAAAAGGAAA